AUGGAUUCCUGCUUUGAGCAAGGGCCGUCAUUGCGCAACCUUCGGUUCAAAUCCAUGGAGCAGCAGCAGCAGCAGCGCGUUGUGUUUGUCCGGAAGGUUGGGGCGGGCAACCUGGCCGAGGAGCUGAAGACGAUCCGCUACCACCUCGCGAUGUACCCUUGCAUCGCCAUCGACACCGACCACCCGGGCAACAUCUGCAGCUUCCCAUCGCCGGAGGUCCGCGAGGAGGACCUGCCGGCGACGGCGCGCUACGACGUCGCCAGGACCAACAUCGGCGCCCUCCACGUCCUGCAGCUCGGGAUCACGCUUUUCGACUCCCGGGGCAAUCUCCCCGUCCUGCCCACUAGCCCCAGCGGGCGCGGGGCCUCCUCCUUGCCCACCGUCUGGCAAGUCAGCUUCUCUGACUUCGACCUCCGCCGCGACCUCUGUUCAGCGCCGUCAGUGGAGUACCUCAGGUCCCAAGGCCUCGACUUCGACGAGCUGCGCGCCCGCGGCGUCAGCGCGAGGGCCUUCGGGGCGGCGCUCGCCGAGUACGGCAUCAUCUGCGGCCCCAAGUACCGGACCGAGCUCAAGUGGGUCGCCUUCGGCGGGAUCUACGACUACGGGUUCCUCCUCAAGAUGCUCACCGGCGGGAAGCCCUUGCCGGACACCAGGGAGAAGUUCAUGGCCGCGCUCGCGGAGCGUGUCGGCGUCAGGGUUUACGACGCCAAGUACGUCGCUGCAUGUGCUGGCGUCAGCGGAGGGCUCAUGAAGGUGGCCAAGGUGCUCGCCGCCGGCGCUGGAGUGCCCAGGACGAUUGUGGCGCCGCAGUCGGAGCGGCGGCAGGCCGGGGAGAAGAGCUUGCUGGCGUGCCAGGUGUUCGUGGCGAUCGAGCAGCGCUUCUUCGGGCCGUCUCACAUCGAGGUGCCUGGGGCACGCAUCGACGGCGUACAUGAUCGACGGACUGUGUUAGUUCACGAGCUCUGAUGUUAGGACAACAGAAAGGCAUAGCAGUUCGAUGUUUUCUUUUUACAAACAUGGAUUAUCUUGUAGAUUCACACACACUUAAGGGCUUAGUGAGUAAGGUGGUAAUAUUUUAUAAGAGACAACUUUCACAAUUCAUGAUCUCUUAGUUGUUUGUAUUUUAAAGUGACUGUAUUAAUUAAUUUAGUACUAGCCAUGUUUGAAUGUGAUUGCAGUAAUUAGUAAUGUUUUUGCCUGUAUAUCUAAGUUCAAGAGUGAUAUCUCUAGCAAGAGAC